CUUUAAACCCCAGCGGAGGCCAGAGGCGGCUGCUGCUGCUGCACCACCACGAGAAUCAACCUCCGCACGGCGGCUCGGCGGCGCACGGCGCCCAGAACAAGACGCUCAUCCCCGGGUCCGUGCCUCAGAACCUCGAGACGGGACCAAGAGGCUUCCACCAGCACUCCCUCCCUUAGUCUGCCGUGCUCUCUGCUCCAGCAACAAUAGACGGAGGAACAACAGCAGCUCACUCUCUCCUGUUUUUGUUAUUGUUUUUACUCUCUGUUUUUACUCACUUUAUCAUGCUUUUUUGGCCGAUUUUUAACCGGGCUGAGUCACAGAAACGGGACACCCGUCUUGCAUUUCCUCUGCUAACACGCCAGUUUUUGUUACUUUAAUUAAUUGUGUAAUUUUUCCAGCCUAAACUUAAGUCCCCGGUCCCCCCCCCCCCCUACCACCGGUCCUCCUCCCCUCCCGUCCCCGGCCUCCCCCCUCCCGUCCCCGGCCUCCCCCCCACCUCCUCCCCGGUGGCUCAGCCGGAGAUGCGUGGAGGAAGAUGUCGGUGUCGGGGCUGAAGGCCGAACUGAAGUUUUUGGAGUCCAUUUUCGAUCCCAAUCACGAGCGAUUCCGGAUAAUCGAUUGGAAACCGGACGAGCUGAGCUGCCAGUUCAACGUGACCGGAGAGAAGCUGCUGAUCAUCCACUGCAACAUCACGGAAUCUUAUCCAUCUACGCCACCGAUAUGGUUUGUUGACUCUGAUGACCCAAGCUUGACGCAAGUUUUGGAGAGGUUGGAGGAUGUGAGAAAAGGCAGCACCCUGCUUUUGCAGCAGUUGAAGAAACUCAUUUGCGACCUUUGUCGGCUGUACAACCUUCCGCAACACCCAGAUGUGGAGAUGCUGGACCAGCCCCUCCCCACGGGGCCGGUGGCUCCAGACCGAAAGCAUGGAACAGAGGAAGUCACUUCUGAAGAGGAAGAGGAGGAAGACAUGGGAGAGGACAUAGAAGACCUUGACCACUAUGACAUGAAAGAGGAAGAACCCGUGGAUGGGAAGAAAUCUGAGGAUGAUGGCAUUGAGAAGGAGAAUCUGGCAAUCCUGGAGAAGAUCCGAAAGAACCAGAGACAAGACCACUUGAAUGGAGCUGUGUCUGGUUCGGUGCAAGCUUCUGACCGCCUGAUGAAGGAGCUUAGGGAGAUCUACAGAUCUCAGAGUUACAAGACGGGCAUAUAUUCAGUCGAGCUUUGUAAUGACAGCCUGUAUGAAUGGCACGUCAAAUUAAGGACAGUGGAUCCAGAUAGUCCUUUACACAGUGAUCUUCAAGUCUUAAAGGAAAAAGAAGGAAUGGAUUACAUUUUAUUAAACUUCUCAUAUAAAGAUAAUUUCCCUUUUGAUCCACCGUUUGUCCGGGUGGUUUCCCCUGUGCUUUCUGGAGGUUACGUUCUCGGAGGAGGUGCCCUGUGUAUGGAACUUCUCACUAAACAGGGAUGGAGCAGUGCCUACUCUAUUGAAUCUGUCAUCAUGCAGAUCAAUGCCACUUUAGUCAAGGGAAAAGCCAGAGUGCAGUUUGGAGCAAAUAAAAACCAGUACAAUCUCGCCAGAGCACAGCAGUCCUACAAAUCCCUGGUUCAGAUCCACGAAAAGAACGGCUGGUACACACCCCCUAAGGAGGACGGCUAAUACAGACUGUUGCCUUUCCUGAAGUGGGACCACAUGUCUUAGUUUUUUUUUUUUCUUGCGACCAAUAUUGUUUUGUUUUUUUUCUGCAAGUUAUUUUAUUCUCUACAUGACAGUUUGAACUCCAAACCAAAUUCCUCAUUCGUUUACCACCUAAAAACUAUCACAUAGACACGGAUGGACACCCCUGCUGGUGUCGUCUGAUUAGGUCGUCAUCUUCCUGUACAUCUGUCGUCCGAUGCAACAUUACCCCCCAAAAAAAGGAAACAUUUACCGUCAACCCCAGGAAAUCACUGGACUAAAUAUCAUGCAAAACUCACUGUUUGGUUUUGGUAUCGAGCAUGUCAAAGUUACUUGCUGGCUAUGAGUGGAGCGGUGCGGCAUGGCUUUAUCCUCCAACACCGGCGGUCCGACUCCUGCACACAGACUGGAUCCGAGACCGGCAUGUGGCAUUUCUUGAUGAUGCAGUGGUAGAUGGGAAGGACCGCUGCCUUUUUUCUUUUUGUGGAUGGCCUCUGUAAUAUUAUGUAAUAUUGGGGGGGUUGCUCCUGAAGCUAGUUGUUUUCAUACAUCUCAUCUUUUAACGCUUGUGCUCCUGAGCUUGGGGAGCAAGAUGAAGGGACUUCUUUUGGGUGGCGGAGCCCCCGCUCUGAAGGGGCAGCAUCUUCGCUGCGUUCAGACCUGGAGACCAGACGGACGACCCGCUACAGGAGAGGUUUGGAGUGCAGCUUGUCUGGCAGCAUAGCCGACACGGUCAGGCAAAGCAGGGGCUUGUUUGGAUUGGAUCACACUGUAAUGUAGUUGAUUUAAACUUCACUGUAUACAUGUAAAUUUGUAUUUCCGCUAAAAGGAUUUAACUGUUUAUAAUGUAAUCUUGUUUAGGUCUUUGACUGGGCAGAGACUGUAUUACUAUAUACACCUGACUAUUAUUUUCAGGGCCACAGUAACUCCUCAAGAUCCACUUAAAAUAAAAGAAAAAAAAAAAGAAUAAAUAAGUAAAAAAAGAAAAAGUUGUUUCGUUGAUACUGUUGAAGUAUCAGAAUGAAACAAAGGUAAACCAUGUUCUUAUGUAAACUGAAUGACUACUGCAGUUUUGUUCUUACUUUUCUUGUUUUUUGUUUUUUAGCAAUUUGGCAAAAGUGACAGUUCCACCCUCUCCUCUGCUGGCACUUCUUAACCGUAUUGGCAGCAACAAUAUUGACAGACAACUGUGUCAUUGACUGGAAGCUUGGCUAUUCACACCUCCAUCACUGAAACUAGAGGGACCUCAGAAAGCAUGGAGGAUGCAGUAUUAUGGAGUUUUAUUGACCUGAAUAGAGAGGAGCUUUGUCAUUUGCUUAGAUUUGGAGCUGGUUAACAUCCUGACCGCUUUGCCAGUUAAGCUGUUAAGACAAAAAAAAAAAGUGACCUUUCCCUUGACCUUUUAGCUGCUUUAAAAUGCAGCCAGAGUUAAAGCGUCAGCAAUAAUCUCCAUAAUAUACCUUCUAGCUUCACGUCUGGGAAGAUCAACCAGAGCCUGUUCCGUUUUCAGAUUAUAAAACAUGUAUUUUUUUUUUUUUCCUCCAGAUUUACCACAGCAAAGACUCACUUUUUUCCAUUACCACCUCUCUGCUUACUAUUCAUGACCACUCUGUGCUGUUGUACCCCUCAGUGUGGUGAGGCUUUGAUGUAAUAUGAAUGAUAUGCAGGAAACUGUGUGGAGCAUUCCAAUUAAUGCAGUUACACAUUUGUUGUGGGUAAUCUGUUGUUUGGUUACGUGCACUGCUUUAAGUAUAUUGUCCUGAUAACCAGCGUUUAAGACUUAAUUAUGCUAUUUCAUAGCCAGUCCUCAUUUCUCACUUGAUUUUGUUUUUGGGUUCUUUUUUGGAUUCCCGGAGUGGUACAAACUAAGCUUCACCGUAUCCAAGGUUUGUUUACAGUUGCAGAAUGACAAAGAAUUGUCCUCCUUUUUUUUUUUUUUUGUUUCUUAAAUCAAGCAAGCUAUGGAUCAUUGGCAUGGUUGUUAACUGUUGUGAUGUGCGUUGGUAAUGUACAAAUCACCUCAUUCUGGUGACGUUGAGUCCAUCCCUGCAUCCUCCGGAUAAAACAAACUCAGGAAUAUAAACUGCACAGUCAAAUGUGCAAAUGAUUUGUUCACAAUAUCAUCACAAUAGCAAGAUCGAAUGUUUUCUGAAUUCUCUGCAUUUUUAAAUUCUUCGUCUUCGUUUUAUCCCGUGGGCAUUGUGAUGUGUUUAUCGCCUUCGCAUUCCAAACAUUAUCGAGGCUGAAUAUUACUAAUCAAGGUUUUUGAAUGGUGAGAUUUGGAAAGCAAAGAGUGCACCAACCCUGAAUUUGAUGAGGGGAUCAGAAUACAUCUACCCUUCCUCUUUGAUAUUGCUGUAUUUUGCAUGUCAAUAUAUUAGUGGGUAACCCCCCCCCGCCCCCUCCCUUCCCAAGCUGUGGAAAAACUGAGUGGUUAUGUUGGAUGACGAGAAAGACUGGAUGUAUCCAUCUUUUCAUGGCUCGUUUAAUUAAGGCUUCUUUCUGCAUCAGUGCUCAUGUCGGACAGUAAAAUAGAGAAGGACUUGGUGGAUAUCUUGCUUGCUUGGUUUACCUGUAAAGAUUGCUAUUUUGGUUGAUUCCCGAGGAGAGCAGCAGCUGGGUUUUGUGUGCCGUCAGGGCAGUUGUCAUCCUACACGAUGAAGCUGAUCUCUGGAAUAAUGACGUUCUCAAGUCUUGUGAAUAACAUCUCCUCUUACACCAACACGCGUCUGACUAACAUGGAUUUCUCGGCCUCGGCGGCCUGAGAACUGAACUCGCCUGAUACUGGGGUCUUUACCUUGCUUCAUUUACAUCGGUGGCCGGGUUAAAGAGUUAUGCACUGAAAGCAUGCUUUGGUUGGUUUCUUUUUUUCAUUGCAAGGGUGAUUUUGACAAUGUAAAGUAAUUUGUAAACUUGCAUCAAGUUUAUGAAUAAAGACUUUUAUGAAAUA